AUAAAAGUAAAAAGGUACAGGGUAGUACUUCGAACGCAUGUAAGGUGGGAUUGCUGUUUCCUCACGUUAAUCUACCGCCGUCUUAUCCUAUCUCGUAUAGAAGUAAUUUGCAUUCGGUGAAACAUCGCCAUGUUGCACAUUUGUGUGUACGACCUUAAGAAAGGUCGGCGCGUCCGUCUGCCAAUGAGAGAAAGUUGAGAAGUCGUUGAGCUGGCUUUCUAAUAAUUAACGUUGUCCGAAUAUGCGCGCAAAAAUCCGUCGCCCGUCGUCACAUGGUACAUUCGUUUCGGUUGCGCUUCAAUAUCGCGCCAAUAUCACCGUACGACCUGCAGUUUCGCCGCGCUAGUCGUACGAUUCGCUACCGCGCGUGGUUCAAUUCAGAAACGAUUAGCGAAUAGCGGUGGUGCGAGGAUAUAUCUACUACGGGUGUUGGUUGAAAAAUACUACUGGAACACUUCUGUAACUUAGCGAUUUUGAAAUGUCUGCGAAAGCUAUACGAGAAGCGACAGGCAAGGACCUGAUCAACAGGCAUCUUGGCGGCAACACAGCUGCCGCCUCCUGUCGAUUUGCAUCCGUCAAUGCUGACACCAAAUUCGCGGAGCUCAUCAACAGCAACCCGUGGCUCAAGACUGAGAAGCUAGUCGUCAAACCUGAUCAACUGAUCAAAAGGAGAGGGAAACUGGGUUUAAUAGCAGUAAACAAAAACUUAGAGGAAGUACAAAAGUGGGUAGGCGAAAGGAUGAACAAGGAUCAGAAAAUCGGCGCCGCAACGGGCAAACUACGUAACUUCAUCAUCGAACCAUUUGUACCACACAAAGACAACGAAGAAAACUACGUAUGCAUCUACUCACACAGACAUGCCGAUACGAUACUUUUCUAUCAUCAAGGAGGUGUGGACGUUGGUGACGUCGAUAGCAAAGCCCUAAAACUGGAUGUACCAGUAGGACAAGAAACCGACGAGGCGACCAUCAAGAAAACUCUUCUGGGCGAGGUGCCAGCAGCAAAGAAAGAUAUGAUCGCAAAGUUCGUCUACAACUUGUACAAGCUUUACGUCGAUCUGUACUUCACCUACCUGGAAAUCAACCCCCUGGUUGUAACAGACAAGGAAAUCUACAUUCUGGAUCUCGCCGCCAAGUUGGACGCCACUGCCGAUUUCAUCUGUAGACCACAGUGGGGAGAGAUCGAUUAUCCUCCUCCAUUUGGAAGGGAUGCUCUGCCGGAGGAGGCAUACAUUGCCGACUUAGAUUCCAAAUCUGGUGCCAGUUUAAAACUCACAAUUUUAAACAAAAAAGGUCGGAUUUGGACUAUGGUGGCAGGUGGAGGCGCGUCAGUAAUUUACAGUGAUACAAUCUGUGAUCUUGGAGGUACCAAGGAGUUAGCUAAUUAUGGAGAAUAUUCAGGCGCGCCAUCGGAGCAGCAGACCUACGAAUACGCCAAAACGAUCCUGGGCCUGAUGACGCAAGAAAAACACCCGGAAGGCAAAGUGCUCAUCAUCGGAGGCGGUAUCGCCAAUUUCACGAACGUGGCGGCGACAUUUAGAGGAAUCAUCACGGCGUUGGUCGAAUUCAGGGAAAGACUGAUCGAGCACAACAUCAAGCUGUUCGUCAGGAGGGCUGGACCCAACUACCAGGAGGGAUUGAGAAGGAUGAGAGAGGUCGGACGAACGUUAGGUAUCCCACUGUACGUGUUCGGUCCGGAAACGCACAUGACAUCCAUCGUAGGCAUGGCCUUAGGCACCCGUCCCAUCCCCAAAGAGCUCAGCGUUGACACGGCAACGGCAAAUUUUGCAUUGCCUAGCGGGGAAAAAGAGCCGAACAAGCAGUGCCAGUCAGCCCAGCAGAGUACGACGAAACCCGUGAGGGUUACAGUUGCGGAUGCCAGGAACGGCAGGGAAAAUAUCCCAAACCCGGUAGAAAUGCAACUGUCAACCGCCAAAAUACAGGGGGACGCUAAAGCCACCCAAAUGUUCACCAACAAGACCAAGUCGAUAGUGUGGGGCAUGCAAAAUAGAGCCGUACAGAGCAUGUUGGAUUUCGACUUCGUCUGCAGGCGUACAGAACCGAGCGUGGUGGCCAUCAUCUACCCAUUCACCGGGGAUCACAAGCAGAAGUUCUAUUGGGGACACAAGGAGAUCCUCAUUCCGGUCUACAAGCAAAUGAAGGACGCCAUGACGAAACAUCCUGAAGCCGAUGUGUUGGUCAACUUCGCAUCGUUGAGAUCUGCGUACUCUAGUACCAUGGAGACGAUGGAGUUCCCGCAAAUCAGGACUAUCGCUAUCAUUGCUGAAGGUAUCCCCGAGAACUAUACCAGGAAAAUGGUCAAGAUGGCCAACGAAAAGAACGUGGCCAUCAUCGGCCCGGCCACCGUGGGUGGCCUGAAACCGGGCUGUUUCAAAAUCGGCAACACUGGAGGUAUGAUGGACAACAUCCUGCACUCCAAGUUGUACCGACCUGGCAGCGUCGCGUACGUAUCACGAUCCGGCGGCAUGUCCAACGAGUUGAACAACAUCGUGUCCAAGGCCACUGACGGUGUGUAUGAAGGUGUGGCUAUUGGAGGCGAUAGAUAUCCUGGAACCACCUUCAUGGAUCAUAUUAUGAGGUACCAAGCAGACGACAACAUCAAAAUGAUUGUGUUAUUGGGCGAAGUAGGAGGUGUGGAAGAAUACGAGGUAUGCAAGGCACUGCAAGAAAAGAAAAUCACAAAGCCACUAGUUGCGUGGUGUAUAGGCACGUGCGCUGGAAUGUUCACCUCAGAAGUACAAUUCGGACAUGCGGGAUCCUGCGCUAACACCAACAGAGAGACUGCAACGGCUAAAAAUGAGGCGCUUAAGGCUGCUGGAGCUUAUGUACCUGAUUCCUUCGAUUACUUGGGUGAUGUAAUUCAAAAUGUCUUCGAGCAGUUGGUCAAACAAGGCAUUGUAGUACCUGCCCCCGAAGUACCACCACCAACUGUACCUAUGGACUACAGCUGGGCGAGAGAAUUGGGAUUGAUUAGAAAACCAGCAAGUUUCAUGACUUCUAUCUGUGAUGAACGAGGACAAGAAUUGAUUUAUGCAGGCAUGCCCAUCUCCGACGUCCUGCAAAAGAACGUAGGCAUCGGCGGCGUGAUCUCCCUGCUAUGGUUCCAGCGUUGCCUGCCCGGGUACUGCUGCAAAUUCUUCGAAAUGUGCCUGAUGGUGACGGCCGAUCACGGUCCGGCUGUAUCCGGCGCCCAUAAUACCAUCGUAUGCGCCAGGGCCGGAAAGGAUCUGGUGUCCAGUUUGGUGUCCGGGCUGCUGACCAUCGGUGACAGGUUCGGAGGCGCUUUGGACGGCGCUGCGAAGAUGUUCAGCGAGGCGUACGAUAAGGGUAUGCACCCUGCCGAAUUCGUGAACCACAUGAGAAACAAAGGCCAGCUCAUUAUGGGCAUUGGACACAGAGUGAAAUCAAUCAACAAUCCAGAUCAGCGAGUAAAGAUCGUUAAAGAAUUCGUGAUGGGCAAUUUCCCAGCUACUCCUCUUCUCCAGUACGCGUUGGAAGUCGAAAAAAUCACCACCAGCAAAAAGCCGAACCUCAUCCUUAAUGUUGAUGGUGUGAUAGCGUGCGCAUUUGUAGACAUGUUACGCAACUGCGGCAGUUUCACCAGCGAAGAGGCUCAGGAAUACAUAAACAUCGGCGCGAUCAACUCUCUGUUCGUGUUGGGCAGGUCGAUCGGUUUCAUUGGCCAUUACAUGGACCAGAGGAGGCUCAAACAGGGUCUGUACCGUCACCCGUGGGACGAUAUCUCGUACGUUCUGCCAGAACAGUACAACGGAGGGAACUAGGCGAUGCAUUUUCUUAGGUUUUAGGCAAUUUGCACCAUAAAAUGUGAGACACCUAGGAUAACUAGAAAUAGAAGAUAUCAUGUCCUUGUGUUGAAUAUUUUUUGAGAACUGGAGGGUAUGCAAACUAUAUAUUUUGAUAAAUGAAAUGAGGAAGAAUAUGGGAGGCGCACUGAAUGUUUCAUUGGCACAUUAUGUGACGAGUUACUAGCUUCCAUAAUUUAUUGUUUUAAAAGUUGAUAUUUAUAUUUUUGUAUUUUAAAAUAUUUCGCUAGGUAGAUAUAAUUAUGAAAUUUUUGAUGAUUGACAUUUUAUGUUGAGUUAUAUGACUGUGCCACUGGGUAUAGUUUUUAUGUAGUUUUCAAACAAAUAAAUAAUGAAGAAAC